GAAUACUGCAGGAAAUCAUGCUCUGCUCACCUCUUGCAGAUGCGCACAACCCGCAAGGUGUCGGUGUGGCCUGUGGGGCUGGUCGGGGGACGGCGGUAUGAGCGUCCGGUGGUGGAGAACGGCAAGGUCGUCGGGUGGUACACAGGCUGGAGAGCUGACAGGCCCUUCGCCAUCGACAUGGCCGGAUUUGCUGUGAGCCUUCAGGUGAUUCUGUCACAUCCAAAGGCCGUAUUCAAGCGUCGUGGUUCUCAGCCAGGAAUGCAAGAAUCUGAUUUUCUGAAACAGAUAACAACAGUGGAGGAACUGGAGCCAAAAGCAAACAACUGCACAAAGGUUCUUGUGUGGCACACACGAACAGAAAAGGUCAAUCUAGCUAAUGAGCCAAAAUAUCAUCUGGACACAGUCAACAUUGAGGUAUGAUCCUGAGACGAGUCACACAGUGCAGCGGAUGUGUUGGAAAGUGCUCCAAUUCAGCCCCUGUAACAGCCUGCAGGUGUGAGAUUUUUAGGUCACCCGGUGGACUUCUGUGGAAACAAAAGAAAGUUGUCAGAUAUUCUAUUAAGCAAAUC